AUGUUCAAGCUAAAUUCUCAAACUAAAAACAUAUUUAGUAAUAAUAAUUUUUUUGUUCUGUUCUGUUUAAAACCUAAUGAUCCUAAAAACAUCAAUUAUUCUAAAGAUACUAAUGACUCUAAAGACAAUUUUAAAGACAUUAAUAAUCUUGAAAAUACUAAUUAUCCUGAAGAUACCAACUAUCAUAAAGAUACCAACAACUCUAAAGAUAAUUCUAAAGACAAUAAUAAUUUUAAAGACAUUAUUAAUUCUGAAGAUUCUAAUAUUGUUAUUAAGCUAAUUACUUCUGGCAUUA